AUGAUGCUACGCAUUCGACGUGGAGACAAUCCACUCUUGAUUUGGAGUCUCGAUGUCAAUGCUAUUCACCACGAUGCAGCAAAGCCAGCCGAGACAUUACAUAUGGAGGAAAGCAAGCUCGCUGAUAAAGAUAGGUAA